AUGGUUGGCUGUAUCGUCAACCCUGCACACUUGGAUUUCGGAUGUCGCCACUUGCACGUGCUCAGGUACCAGCGGCGCAUCCGUUUGCUGCGCAUCGGCGUCUUCAUGCUGAUGGCCACUGGUUUCCUCUACCAGGCAUCAAAAGUAGUUAAGGCGUAUCUCAGCUUUCCCAGCGCCGUGGACGUUCGCAUCGAGGGAGCCGAAGUGCUGCUCUUCCCUGGCCUCUCAGUCUGCGUCACCAACUGCUCGGAAGACGUUUUGCAGAUUGGCUUUGUAAACCCGACGCAGUAUUUCUUCGAGUUCUACCUGAGCCCGAACGUUACGCGACAGUCAUACUCCCGGCUACCGAGUCAAAUGUGCUACACUAUGAACUGGAGGCACGACCCCAAGAUCGAAACAGUCCAUCAGAACGUCUUGGCUUUCGAGAUGAACGUGCUCUUUGCCUGGCCUGAAGACGACGUCAUAGAACUGGACGAAUUCGAAAUGAAUUUGGGCUUUCACCACGUCGACACAAACACCGCCGGAAAGAAGCACGCCAUGGCUUUCAAGCCUUCGGGCGACUUCGUGUUCGGAAUCGUGCAGGAGGGAGUGGUAUCUCUGCCUGCGCCCUUCGCCACCAAGUGUGACAACUACAGCCGGUAUCUGCGCCUCCCCAACUACAAAGUGAAGUAUUCAAAAGAGAUAUGCUACGAAGAAUGCCGGAAGGAGAUAACGCGAGAAGUCUGCGGGUGUAUUCCAAAUGAUUAUGCAUGGCGAAAUCACAUAAGCGACAAGGUCUGCGAUUUACAUGAAACUACCAACUGCGUCCAUGCCGAUGGCAGAGCGAUGUACAGCGUAAUCUGCAACGACCGCUGUCACACAGCGUGCAGACUCACCUUCGUCAAAGUGCGUGCACUCAUGACGUCAAGGAGCGUCGACGCACUGCACUUUAUUCCUCUAUUAACGGGCACCCAAGUGUUAGGUCUCGUAGGAGGCUACUCUGGUUUCUGGAUGGGCGUGGCUAUUGUUGUGGGGGCCACCGAAAGCGUGAGGGUCGUCUUCGACUUCUGCCGCCGACGUGUUCGUGGAAGGCUCCGCAAGGCUGAGAUCACCUUUCUGUUCCGCGUGGUCAAGAUGCUGAUGGUGCAGGGAUGCUUCGUGGCGUGCUCGUUCAGCGUCUACUGGGAUUACGAGAACUACCGCCACUUCUACACGGCCGUCACCUACGAGCAAGAGAACAUGCGGGGCGUCUUCUUCCCUGCCGUGACCAUCUGCUCAUACGAAGCCGUGAACUUCACCAGGAUGUGCACAGAGUACGGAAGAUACAACAAGUGCAUCGCCGCUACAUUCGAUACGACAGUGGGCAAUGAUAUCGUCGCCAUGAAGUACGUUAUCAACUACACCUAUCCCCCGGCUGACGUCUUUUCAAAUUGCACCAUGACCUUCUCAGGAGAGAUCUGCGAAAGCUUCAAGUGCGACAACCUGUGGGAUCCCACGUACACGUUCGUGAAGACUGGGGUCUGCUUCAUUCUUAACAUCGGCAGGUCACCGGAACUCCAGAGGUGUCAAGAGCAGUACAAAUACCGACUCAACUUCCGCGUUCGCGCGGACACCAAGGAUCCUCGGAACGAGAACAUGGCCUUCUCGGCAUUGGUGCACGCCACCAGCAGCUACACUUCUGGGAUCAUCCACACUUUCCGCUUCCAAGCGGGUCGGAAGUACACCAUUUCCGUAGCUCAGACGGAGCUGGUCUCGUUGCCUCUACCUUACGAGACGCGAUGCAUUGACUACGAAGCUACGGCAGAUGAGUCCUUGUAUGACGAGAAAGAGAUUCAAGAAGAGGAGUGCAGCGAGUUUUGCGUGGCGCAAAGGUGGAUUGAUACGUGCGGCUGCUUCUCCAAAAUGUAUGCCGUGAAACAUCGCAUGAGCGGAACUGUGUGCGAAUAUGUGCCACAUAUGCGCUGUAUCGACGAACUGAUACGUCAGAAGUGGUUUGUGUCCUGCCAGAACGAAUGCACCAGAGGAUGCAACAACCUCGAGGCAGACCUCACGGUGGUUCUCGGCUCCACAAAGCGCAAGAUUGUCAGCAACCUGCCAAGAAUGACGAUGGCCGACUUCCUUCUUUACCUGUCCGGUCACGUGAGCAUGUGGCUGGGCGUGUCACUCAUUGCUGCAGGCCCCCUGGUGGUGGAAGGGGUCAAGUACUUGGAGCGGCUCUUCAAUGCCUUCGCAACCUCCAUGGACUUUGUCGUAGACUAG